GAAGGGCCUGAGCUGUUCCAUGCUGGAAUAAACUGCAGAAGUAGACGUGUCUUUAUUUGCUUCCCCUAUCACAAACUGCACAUUGAAGGAGCAUAUAAAAUAGUCAUACCUAAAAAAUGGGUGACAUUAAACUUCCAAAGCACAUGUUCCUUUGGAGCAUGUCUGUCAUUUAUAUGUUUGCAUUUGCGUCUCUUUAUGUACAGAUACCAGGUCUCUAUGGGAGUGAUGGGGUCCUGCCUGCCCGGCGCAUGCUUCGGUACACGGGGAAGCCUCUCCUGGAGCAGCUGCAGGACUCCCCUACCCUGCUGUGGCUGGGUCCUCAACUAGGCCUGGACACCCAGCAGGGGAUGGAGUUAAUCUGCCUACUGGGGACUUUGAUGGCUUUUGGUGCAAUGGUGUGGGAACCCCUGAGAGAUGCACUCGUAUUCUUCUGCCUCUGGGUACUGUACCUUUCACUCUACCAGGUUGGCCAAGUCUUCCUCUACUUUCAGUGGGACAGUCUGCUGCUAGAGGCAGGGUUCCUCACUGUCUUGGUAGCUCCCUUCAACCUCUUCAAAUGGAAGUCCACUGUGUCCAAGCACCACGAUGGCAUCACCUUCUGGCUCAUCCGCUGGCUCUUCUUCCGGCUCAUGUUUGCUUCUGGAGUGGUUAAGCUGACCAGUCGCUGCCCAACCUGGUGGGGCCUCACAGCUUUGACUUACCAUUAUGAAACCCAGUGCAUCCCUACACCUGUUGCCUGGUUUGCCCAUCAGCUUCCAGUCUGGUUUCAGAAGCUCAGUGUUGUCGGUACCUAUGCCAUUGAGAUCGCAGUCCCUUUCAUGUUUUUUGCACCCAUCAGAAGUAUGCGAAUCGUCUCCUUUUACCUGCAGGUCUUUCUUCAGAUUUUAAUCAUUCUGACUGGAAACUAUAACUUCUUUAACCUCCUGACCAUUGUGCUGAGUCUCUCCUUGCUUGAUGAUGAGCAAGUGCACUUAUUCCUCCGGCACAGGAAACAAAACAAAUCUCAGCCCCGGACUCAGACACUGAUAAAAUGGGGCACAGCUCUUGCAGAACUAGCAUCCUAUUGCUUAGUUGUUUACUGGAUGUUGGUGUAUUUUGAACUUGAAAUCAACUGGGAAAAGAAAAGCAUAUCCUCAAAAACAGCGUUCACUUAUCAUGAGUUUAACCAGUGGUUGAAGACGGUUACGAUUCCUAGUAUUUGGAUUGGAGUUCUGUCUCUGACCUGGGAAGUAAUCACGGCCAUGUUCAAGUGUGCCAGUGUGCGGGGAUUCUUUUGGAAGAUGUGGGCCACUAUCCAGUGGGCUAUAUUUACCGUUGCAGCCGCUUGCAUGUUUGCUGUCAGCCUGGUCCCUUACACCUACAUUGAAAGUGACUCCAACAGCAAAAUUUGGCCAGGCGUGAGGACAAUGUAUGACAGCGUUGACCGCUUCCAGCUUGUAAACUCCUAUGGGCUUUUCAGAAGAAUGACUGGAGUUGGAGGUCGUCCGGAGGUGGUAGUGGAGGGCAGUUACGAUAAGGAAACCUGGACGGAAAUAGAGUUCAUGUAUAAGCCUAGCAAUGUUAGCGCUGCCCCCCCUGUAGUUGCCCCACACCAGCCUCGACUCGACUGGCAGAUGUGGUUUGCAGCGCUCGGCCCCCACACUCAAAGCCCCUGGUUCACUGGACUCGUCCUGCGACUCCUUCAGGGGAAGAAGGAUGUUAUUAACUUAGUGCAAGUGGAUGAGUCUCAAUACCCCUUCAGAUCACAUCCUCCAACUUUCAUCCGAGCCCGGCUUUACAAGUACUGGUUCACCAAGGUCAACGAGGAUGGUUCAGUGCCUCAGAAGUGGUGGAGGAGGCAGUUUUCUGAAGAAUUUUACCCCACAGUUUUUCUUGGUGAUCCCAACUUGGAUUCCCUGAUCAAUCAUUUUGGACUUAAGGACAAAGGACAGACAAAACGCAACGCUGAUGCAUGUUUGCCAGUUACUCUGAGAGCCGUGCGUGAAUAUGCCCGACCUCUCCCUGCCCCCGUGAUUCUGUGGUCCCUCUUCUUUACCGGGGCUGCAAUCUGUCUCCUAAAAGUGCUUUUCAGUGGGCCUCGUAGAAGCAGCCGCAAAAACAAGAGAAAGGAGGCUGUAGCUGCUGUGGAGAAGAAUGACCAAACUAUGAAAAAAGAGGAAAAGGAGAAAACCAAACGCACAGAAAAUUCAGCAGAUUCUGACAAACAUGCUAAGAAAAGGAAAUAA